AUGAUGAUAGAUAUAUUAAAACUUGGUACAAAAAUAGUAAUAACAUUUAUUCUAACAAAUAUUCAAGAUAUUGUUAUAUUAAUAAAUUUUUUUCUUCAAUCAUCUGAAAAAGGAAGUUUAUUAAAAACUGAUCAUGUUGUACUUGGUCAAUAUUUAGGUUUUAGUACUUUAUUAAUGUUAAGUUUACUUGGUUAUACUAUAUCAUAUAUAUUACCAGUUAAAUUAUUUGGUUUUCUAGGAUUUUUAAUUAUUAUUUUUGGUUUAAAUGGUUUAGUGGAAUUAAUAAAAAAUUUGAGAAAACAGAAGAAAAAUACUACGGAAAUUCUACAAAAUGAACAAGUAGAAUUUAUUCAAUUAGAAUCGGAUGAUAAUAUUGAUUUAAAAGAAAAUCAAAGUUUUUGUGAUGAUUUAAAACAAAUCGUUAAAGUAAGUGUUGUAACAAUUGCAAAUGGAAAUGAUAAUAUUGCUAUUUAUGUACCUAUAUUUGUUCGAUCAACAUCAUCACAAAUAAUUGCUUAUGGAUUAGGAUUUUUAUUUAUGGUUGGUGUUUUAUGUUUUAUUUGUUAUUGUUUUAUACAUUUUCCUCCAAUAUUUAAAUUUGCACGAAAAUAUGCUCAAUUUAUUAGUCCAUUUGUAUUUAUUGCACUUGGAAUUUAUAUUUUAAUUGAUUCGGGAUGUUUUCCAUGGUUGAUUAAAGUUAUUCAAACUGGAAAAUGGACAAUUACAUAG